AUGAACAAGAAUAGCGAUCCGUUGCUGGCCAAUUUGAAUGCGUUUAAGAGUAAGGUGAAAUCGGCACCCGUUCUGCCGACAAAGAGCAGCAUUACAUCUAGUAAUGGCAGUGUUAGCCGGAGUAGUCCCAAGAAGAGAUCGGCCCUACAACGAGAGGAAGCAAAUAUUGACGGGAAAGCAGUGCAGCCCACGUUGAGCAAGGAUAAAGAGAAUGAGGACGACGAGGAGGAGGAGGAGGAAUCGCCAUCGAAAAAAGUGAGACCGGGGUCUCUUGCAGCUGCGGCAUUGCAGGCAAAUCAGACUGAUAUAUCCAAGAGUCACGACUCUUCCAAGCUGUUGUGGGCGACGGAGUACAUCCAGAAGAAAGGGAAGCCGGUGCUGGUCAAUGAGUUGAUGGAUUACCUUUCGAUGAAGAAGGACGACAAGGUGUUAGAGCUGUUGAAGAAACUAGACAAGAUACAGCAUGAUCCAAAGAAAGGCACUUUCAAGUAUAUGUCGACGUACGAUGUUCACUCGGCGCAGGAGUUGCUCAAUCUGCUUCGAUCCCAGGUGACGUUCAAGGGAAUAUCCUGUAAGGAGCUGAAGGAUGGUUGGCCGCAGUGUGACGAGACGAUAAAUGAACUGGAGGAGGAGAGCAAGAUCCUAGUGCUGAGAACGAAGAAGGACAAGACGCCCAGAUACGUGUGGUACAACAACGGCGGCGAGCUGAAUCGUAUUGGUGAAGAUUUCGUCAAAAUGUGGGAGAACGUCCAGCUGCCUCAGUUCGCGGAGCUGCCCCGCAAACUGCAAGAUCUCGGUUUGAAACCUGCCAGCGUUGAUCCUGCUACCAUCAAGAGACAGACCACAAGGGUCGAGGUCAAGAAGAAGAAGCAGAGAAGGGGUAAGAUUACUAACAUACAUAUGGCUGGUAUCCUGAAGGAUUACUCGCACAAGGCAUAG